AUUCCUUCUCCCUCCCUCCCCACCCUUCCCUCUCUCUCUCUCUCUCUCGCCGCCAAACCACCAUGCUUCCCAACUCCGACCUCCUUCUCCUCCUAUUGAUUUGUGCAUCUCUCGGCACUCCGACCUCCCAAGCCCAGGAAUACCUCAAGCUCCGCCUACUCCGUAGGACUCCCCUCCCCUCCGGGCGCCAAGCUCUCGCCCUCGACUCCCUCCGCCUCUCCUCCUCCUCCUCCACCACCACCACCUCCUCCUCCGUCCCUAUAGUCUCCGGCGCCUCCUCCGGCGCCGGCCAGUACUUCGUCGACCUCCGCAUCGGCACUCCCCCGCAGCGCAUCCGCCUUGUCGCCGACACCGGCAGCGACCUCGUCUGGGCCCGCUGUUCGCCUUGCCGCGGCCCCGGCUGCUCCGCCCGCCACCCCCCCGGCUCCGCCUUCCUCCCCCGCCUCUCCUCCUCCUUCGCCCCCUUCCACUGCUACGACCCCUCCUGCCGCCUCGUCCCCCACCCUCGCCAUUCCCCCCGCUGCCCCCGCUCCCGCCUCCACUCCCCUUGCCGCUUCCGCUACUCGUACGCCGACCGCUCCUCCGCCGCCGGAUUCUUCUCCCGCGAGACCGCCACCCUCAACGCCAGCUCCGGCCGGGCCGCCCGCCUCCCCGCCCUCCCCUUCGGCUGCGCCUUCAACGUCUCCACCGGCCCCAGCAUCGGCGCCGCCCGCGGCGUCCUGGGCCUCGGCCGCGGCCCCAUCUCCUUUCCCUACCACGCCGCUCCCCGCUUCGGCGCCACCUUUUCCUACUGCCUCCCGGACUACACCCUCUCCCCUCCCCCCACCAGCUACCUCCUCAUCGGCGCCGCCCCUCGCCACCGCCACCAAAACCUCUCCUUCACCCCUCUCCUCUCCAACCCCCUCUCCCCCACCUUCUACUACAUCCGCAUCCUCUCCGCCUCCAUCGACGCCACCCCGCUUCCCAUCGACCCCUCCGUCUGGGCCCUCGACCCCGCCUCUGGCGCUGGCGGCACAGUCAUCGACACCGGCACCACCCUUUCCUUCCUCCCCGCCCCCGCCUACCUCCAGAUCCUCCGCGCCGUGGCCAAACGCCUCCCGCGCGCCGCCCUCGCCGGCAGUCCGCCGGGGUUCGACCUCUGCGUGAACGCCUCCGCCGAGGGGCUCCGCCUUCCGAGGCUGGCCUUCCGCCUCCUCGGCGGCGCGGAGCUGUCCCCGCCGCCGGCCAACUACUUCAUCGACACGGCCGAGGGGGUCCGCUGCCUCGCGCUCCAGCCAGUCAGUCCGACCGGCCCCGGGUUCGGCGUCAUCGGCAACCUCAUGCAGCAAGGCUUCCUCUUCGUCUUCGACCUCGACCGCGCCGCCUCCCGCCUCGCUUUCUCCCGGACCGGUUGCAUUGACUGAACCGGUCCGAAUCCGACCCCGACCCCGACCCCGACCCCGACCCCGACCCGACCAAUCUCUUGAUCAUUUUUAAUUAUUCUCAAAUAUAUAUACAAAAAAAUCGUCGAUACCGUGGGGCUUCCCAAGAAAUGAUCUUGGGAGGGAUGGGUGGGUGUCAGGGCGAUUGGAGCUGGCCACCUUUUGGGGUCCUUUUUAUUUAACUUUGUUGUCAUUGGAUUCCUCUUCCUGGAGAGACAAGAGACAAAGAAAGUAUUAAAAAAAAAAAAAGAAAAAAAAAAUGAAAGUAAAGGGGAAGGGAGCAAAGAGAGCGAGUGAGCUUUGUUUCGUACUGAGAGUGAGAGGAGUCACGAGAUGAGGAACUUGGAGCAGACAGGUUCAGCGAGAGCUUUUUUUUUAUUAUUAUUAUUUCUUGUUUCUUCCUUUUAUCUUCCUUUUAACUUCUUGCUGGAAUUGGGAACAUUCUUGCAUGGUGUCAUCCAAUGGGUUUUGAUGUGUGUGAGUGGGAAAGCGAGGUGGUGGGUCUUUGGUGUGUGUCUCUCUGCCUCCCUGUUCAUCAUUCUUUACUCUCUCUUUUUUUUGGUGUGUGUGUGUGUGGGAUAAAGUUGAGCUUAUGACCAAAAGGACAGGGGUGGUCAUCACACCUAUCCUUGAUUCCCUGUAGAUGAGGAAUGGUAAUUAAUGGCUGCUUCUGUACCCCUUUUUUUUUCCCUUUCUUUUCAGUUUGAUCAAUUGAAUGGCAAUCAUAACUGCACUGGCUGUACCGGGCUGCUGGUUGGUUAAAAUUCA